CAUUUCAUCUUCCUCUUGCAUUUCCGUCGUUUUCUUUUUACGCGGGGUGGGGAGGGAGAGAUUUCAAGGUUCUGUGCUAACCCUCAACCAUGAGUUCCAUCAUUGAGAGCUUCCAAAGGAACACCUCGCUUCCAGUCUCCCAAGUAGAUUCCAGAUCUGAUCAGCUACAACAAGGCAGCGGUCUACGGAGGAGGCUCUCCUCUUUCUCCCUCAAAAUGCAGCCAAUCUCAUCGCCGGCGACUUCCUGGGCAGCGUCGUUUCACAGAUCUAAGUCCCUCUCCUCCAUGGGAGAGUAUGCCACCAAUUCCAUUAGGAAAUGGUGGGACUGGGGCUGCUCUUGGAUCCUCUCCCGAAAGCCUACCUUCGCUAGAGAUCUGGAAAUGAACGAGGAAGAAACCAGAGUGCUCGGUUGCCACAGCAAAGGCAGCUGGAGACAUGUCUUCUACAAGGUGCGAUCGGAGAUGAAGAAACUCGUCCGAUCCGAUAAAGUCGGGCUCCCUCAAACUUACAGGUACGAUUCUCUGAAUUACUCCAAGAAUUUCGACGAUGGGAACAGAAUUUAAGACUGAUCAGAUCCAGUAAUCUUCAAUUCAUGUUUUAAUUGAAAGAAAGGUCAAGCUUGUUCAUUUGUUGGAUUAAGCUUCAAAGAUUCAUCAGAUCUCAGAUAUAUACAUAUUCUUUACUCGCUUUGCUUGUAAUUUCUAGCUCCGUUAAUGCCUGCAAUUGAGUUUAUUGUUCUGUAAAAUGAGAGUUUGUUUGGAUGGAGAUAAAAUACAAAUGUUUUGUGAUUCUGUGUAAUGAUUUUCAUUUAUUGAUUUUUUAUUUUCUUUUUAUAACUACAUUGUAUGAAGUAUUUGAAUUUAGAUUAAUGAUAGAAAGACUUUUUUUUGCCUUAAUUAUGAAUUUAAGCCAUCUCACCUUCGGCAUAAUUUAUCAUCUAAACCCAUGCCUUCGAGGAUCAUGAAAUUUCAUACAUUACCAAGUCAGAUGUUGAAUGCACAGCAUCAGCGAUGAUGUAAUUGCUUCCAGAUAAAUAACCAGUCAAAGCUUUAGCGAUCUCCGAUCUUAAUAAUAUCUGCAGCUAGAUCCAACUGGAAAAUCUUCUCUGUUUCGUAGGAUAGUUGGUCAAAGUGGCCAUGAGAGUGACCCAAGUGCCACCUUCUAGAAAUCAAGUGACAGGGGUUGUGGGAUAAUACUGGAAUCUGGAAUUCAGCUACUAGGUUAUGGGAUUGGGGCGGGAAUUUCUGGGUGAAGAAAUUCUUAACAGGUUA